GCCUCCCCCCUCUCCCUUUGGCUUUUACUGCCUGUUUUUAAGAGCGUCAUUACCCUCUGCUCCCCCCUGUUUUCUGCACACACUUCGUGUACACCAUAGGUCAAGCUGGGAGCGUGGCCAUCCUUGACUGAGAUCGCCGAACCCUUCCCUGCCACAGAAAAGGGCCAGCUUUCUGGAGGGACUUGGCGAGCAUCUCUUCUCCCAGGACAAAGACAGCUGGAAUCCAGGAGCCCAGGGUAGCCGAGAGCCACAGAGUCGCCCAGCCAUGUCCGUCGUGGACUUUGGAAAGAUGUCGGUCCAGGACGUGGAGCUGGAGAGCAAGCCCCGGCCCUCGCAGCCCAACUGGUACGAGCAGUACCUCCAGCCGUGCCUCGGGGAGCUGGUGGGCUCGGCCUUCUUCAUCUUCAUCGGCUGCGCUUCCGUCAUUGAGAACACGGACGGGACGGGGAGGCUGCAGCCGGCGCUGGCCCACGGGCUGGCCCUGGGACUCACCAUCGCCGUCCUGGGCAACCUCAGUGGUGGCCAUUACAACCCGGCCGUGACCCUCGGCGCGUGGCUGGUCGGAGGGCUGAACAUGAUGCUGGUCAUUCCAUACUGGGUCGCCCAGCUCUGCGGAGGGCUGAUCGGAGCAGGUCUCGCCCGGGUGAUGACGGUCUGGGAGCGGUACGAGAACGCCACGGGAGCUGCCUUCACCAGCAUCGUCUCCGACGACCAGCUCCCGGCCGCCGUGGUGGGCGAAAUCGUCAUGACCAUGUUCCUGGUCAUGACUGUCUGCAUGGGGGCCAUCAACGAGAAGACCAAGAGCCCCCUGGCCCCCUUCUGCAUCGGCUUCACGGUGACGGCUGACAUCCUUGCAGGGGGCGCCGUCUCUGGAGCCUGCAUGAACCCGGCCAGAGCCUUCGGCCCCGCCCUCGUCGCAAACUACUGGGACUACCAAUGGGUGUACUGGGUCGGCCCCAUGGCGGGGGGGCUUCUGGUUGGCGCCUUGAUAAGGGUCCUGAUGGGGGACAGGAAGACUCGCCUCUUCUUCAAGUAAAACAAGGGGCCUGCCUGGGAGUGGUCGGCCCCCAGACCGCUCUCCUCUCUCUUCCCGGCCGGCCGGGCCCACCCCACUCGCUCGCUCGCUCGCUCG